AUGGUUGGUGAAAUUAGACGUGCAAAGUUUAUUGGGAAUUUACUGGGUAGACGUCGAGAGAUUGUGGAACAAGUAGUCUCUGAAGAACCAUAUAAAGAAGAUCAGGAAGACGACAACGACAACGACAACGACAACGACAACGACGUAGAAGAAAUUGAAAUAUUGAUGAAAGAACAAGAUACUGAAACUACAGAAGCAAGAGCUCAUGUCAUCAAUGAUUGUGUCUCACUUUUAACAGCUGUUAAUGAAAAGGCAGAGUUGAAAUCAGAUUUCCAUAGACAAUAUUUAGACUAUGCUUUCCAAAUUAAAUUACCACCUCAAAUGACAGCUUUGGAUGCUUCUCAACCGUGGAUUCUUUAUUGGGUGCUUAAUUCUUUGGCUAUGUUGUCUGAAGAUUUGGUCAGUGAUGAAAUGAGAAGACGUAUUGAGGAAAAAGCCUUUGCCAUCUCUCCAGAAGGUGGUCCAUUCGGUGGUGGUAUUGGACAAUUACCACAUCUAGCUGCUACUUAUGCAAGUAUUGAAGCAUUAUCUUCAUGUGCCAAUAGUAAUGGUUCUUGGGAUAAAAUUGAUAAGAAAAGCAUCUACAAUUGGUUACUCUCUGUCAAACAAGAAAAUGGUGGGUUCAAGACCUGUUAUUCAGUUGGUGAAGUAGAUACAAGAGGUGUUUAUUGUGCUCUUAGCGUGGCUUCAAUGUUGAAUAUCCUUACUGAUGAACUAGUUGAAAAUACUUUACAAUAUUUGAUCAACUGUCAAAAUUAUGAAGGUGGGUUUGGCGGUUGUCCAUUUGAAGAUGAAGCUCAUGGUGGGUAUACCUUCUGUGCCGUUGCAAGUUUAGCCAUUAUGGGUGCGUUGGAUAAAAUAAACAUCCCAAAAUUAAUAGAUUGGUGUGCAACUAAACAGUAUAAUGAAGAAAAAGGUUUCUGCGGUAGAAGCAAUAAACUGGUAGAUGGUUGUUACAGUUUUUGGGUCGGUGGUACUGUAGCUAUACUGGAAGCAUAUGGUUACGGUGAAUAUAUUAUGAAUCACAACGAAAUGAGAGAAUACAUUUUACGUUGUUGUCAAGACACCAAGAGACCUGGUUUAAGAGAUAAACCUGGAAAAAAUCCGGAUUUCUAUCAUACAAACUAUGUUUUAGCUGGUCUAUCAGUUGUUGAAUAUACGUUCAAAAUCGAUAAUCCAAAAGAUCCAUUUUCCAUAAGUGCGGAACCAAGAAAAGGUGUCCCAUCUUCCAACAUUACAGCAAUCAAUCCUGUCUACUGUCUACCAAUUGAUUUGGUCAAAAACUUUGCUAAUCAUUUUAAAUAA